AUGUUCGUACUUUCCAUCAUCAAGGACACCGUCGCAGUCCACCCAUCCAACUUCGGCGUGCCGCCAGAGCAGGCGUUGACGAACGAGCUGAACAAAAAGUACGCGAAUCGCGUCUUGCACGAUGUCGGCCUGUGCGUAUGCGUGUUUGACCUCUCCGAAGUAGGAGAGGGGAAAAUCCGGUAUGGCGAUGGCUUUCUGUGGUAUAAAGUUAUUUUCCGUUUGGUGGUAUUUCGACCGUUCCUGUCCGAAGUCAUCCUCGCAAAGGUCAAGUCGUCUGACGAGGACGGCAUACGGUUAACUGUAGGAUUUUUUGACGACAUGUAUAUUCCCCUCAUAUACCUCCCAGAGCCGUCGGCUUUCGACCCAAACGAGCGCUCACACUUCUGGCUCGCGGGCUCUGAGACGACAUCCAUCCACGAGCUGCUCGACUCCCCCGUCGCCGAGCGCAUGUACAUUGACGCCGGCGACGUCCUGCGCGUGCGCGUCGAGGCCGACGAGUUUUAUGAUGACGAGCCCGGCCCGCCCAAGGCGACCGAGGGCGUCCAGCAAGCUCGUGAGAUGCGGCGGCCACCGUACACCAUUACUUGUUCGAUUGCAGAACAGGGCUUGGGACCAGUCUCCUGGUGGAAGGACGCAGGUGUGGAAGCCAUGGACGAAGGCUGA